AUUCAGCUUCCCGGCGCGAUGGACAGCUUUUUCAUGGCGGAGCCUGAUUGUCUCCCCGACGGACCGCACUUUUCGUACGUAUUCUACAACACGGUUGGAAGCGUCGUUUCAAACAUCGGUGGCAUCGUUGGCGUGACGCUGUUCAGAUACGUGUUUUCGAAGCGGAGCUACCGCUUCACAUUCAUCAUCACCACACUUGUGAUGGCUGCGGCCAGCAUCUUUGACCUCAUCAUUGUGAAGCGCUGGAACCGUCCGCGCAUCAGCGACAAUGUGAUGUUUCUGUUCGGUGAUCAGGUCCUCUUCAACGUGUGUCACAUGAUGAACUUCAUGCCAGGUGUCAUUCUGAUUUCCCGGAUGUGCCCGCGCGGGACAGAGAGCAUGGCGUACGCGCUGCUUGCCGGGUUCUCGAACUUUGGGUCGGUCGUGUCGAAUAUAAUCGGCUCGCUGUUGAUGGAAUUGAAGUGGCCCGUCCACACAAAUCCCAAGGUCGGUUGCGACUUUACCAACGUUCCCUACCUGCUGAUUGUGGGGCACAUGCUCUGUCCGCUCAUAAACAUCCCAUUGACGUUUUUGCUGAUUCCGAGUGCACGUAUCUGCGACAACAUUGACGUGGACGGUGUUGCUGUCAGGCCCCAGGAGCCGUCGGCCAGCGAUAAGGACGAGGGCGGCGAGGGGCCAUCGAGGGUCCGAGAGCCCGUGUCGAAUUGA